AGGCCUUGAAAUUUAUUCCAUGGAGGAAUUAAACCAGGCUGCUAUAGCAUACUACAAUAAUGGGUCACAGAAUCUCCAGACACUAGCCUUGGAUUUCUUCCAAUCCUUGGACACCAACGGUGACGGUGGAGUCAGCUGGUCGGAGUUCAUCUCGUUUCUCCAGCAAAGCGGCUACGACAUUGACCCUGACAUGUUCAACGUGCUCGAUGAAGACGGUGAUGGUUACCUAGACUUCAGGGAAGUUCUCACACUGUACUACAUCAUCAAGACCAGGUUCUUUUCUUGUGUUGGCUGUGGAGAACGCCUCUUAGGGUUGUACUUCACGUGUGUCGAGUGCUUCGACAGAGCCAACGAUACCUUUGAUCUGUGCUCCAACUGCUAUGCUGAAAAGCAGUUCCGUCACCGCCAUACACUCUUCUUGGAUAAUCAUAUGCUGCUUAUAGCAAAGAGACGACAGGCUCUUGGUAAUCAUAACCUGAGUCAGGCAAUAGGUCGACAAACUUCAUAUCAAGCUCCACCUACAUCUGCAAGCAGGGCAAUAGUUCCAGCACGACAGCAGCCUCCAGCUACACCUGCAAGGAACAGAUUGCGUUCAACAUUUCGUGCAUUAGAAACCGCAGUUGGAGUUGCAAAUUUGAUGGCUUCGUGUACCAUUAUGUGAAUGAAUUAAUCGAGCCACGGUGCUAGUGGCGUUAUCAUAAUUAAGUUGUGUUUCGAGAUGCCUGUGGUUCCUAGCUAUUUUCUGUGUAUUUUCCAUUUCUCAUCUGAUAUUGUGACCGAUUCAGUAAUAAAAAUUGCAGCUCCUUAUCA